UGCACGGGACCUUGCACGGUACCCCAUGCGCAUGGCGGUGCACAUGCAGAAAUUUUGCUGCCCGAAGCAAGUCCAGAUUCGGGGCCCGGCUAUGGAACCCGCAUGAACCAACCGCAUCCCCCGUUGUCGACAUCUGCGUUGCAGGAGUCGCCUAGUGCCCUCGAAACUUUUGAGGCUGCACGCCUAGUGUAUUGACUGUAUCCCCCAUCUUUCGAAACCCGGCUGGCUGGAAAUUGGGAAAUAUGGGGCUCCCGGCCACUCCUCGCGUACCCGAACAACCCGGCUUAUCUGUCUGCGAGGUCGCUCCUGCCAUGUCCAGGUGACAAGGAAACGGGCUCGACAACUGCGGAUGCUGGAAGGGGGAGCCCACUCCUUAAGCCGCCCGGCUUCGUAUUUCCCCUCUGUGCUUGCCUCGUGCGUGGACGCGGAAUGGGCCGUUCGACCUCUCGUCCGCGCAGGCGCAAAGGGAAAUUCGGGAAUGCACUCUUGGAGGAUGGCGCCCUUUCUCCAUGACGAUGACCGCCGGUACAAUGGACGCACUCAGUCGCUGCGCCAAAUCUCGAUUAAACCCGGCCGUGGUGCAGCAGCGAGCCACAUUGACCCCGGACUGUUACUCAAGCCGCACAGCGCAACCGCUGAGACCGACUGUGCCGAGAACAUAUCGGUGGCGCUAGAAUGGAAGUUGCUGCUUCCGCUGCUUGCCCCGAGGCAGAAGGACCCGCGGCCUGACGAUGGGCGGCCCAUUGUCGAGCUGCGUGACGACGACGGCGACGCGAGGGGCUACCUGGAGCAAGCCUCUGAAUCCAUUGCUCAAACGGUCAGACGGGCGGGCGAGAGGGCCGUGACAAUGCACUCUCUCGUCAACGACGGUCUCGCAGAGAAGGACUUCUGGGACUCGUCUUGGGUCGUCAAGAAGGCGAACUCGGUUGAGCCACUGGACGAGGAGAAGGCCUUCCGCGAAUACAUCUGGGUGGGCGUUGAGAUAUGCUCGCCGAAGAUGCGGUUCAAGGACCCGGACACUCAAGCGCGCAUUCUCAAGGUCCUGGCGGCGCUGAACUCGGGCCAUCGCUUAGCCGCAAACUGCACUUGCGAGGUGCAUGUACACCUUGGGCGAAUGGAUGGCCGCCCAUGGUCGUUGUCGACCCUCAAGAGGCUCGCCGCCCUGCUGUGGGUGGCCGAGCCGACUCUGCGAAGCAUCAGGAACCCGCAGUCGCCCAAUUAUCACAACAUCUACACGUGGGGAUUUCCCAUGCGACAGCAGAGCCGACUUGCCGGACGAGUGGGGAGCCGCGCCACGACAGCGACCCAGCUUGCCAGCAUCUCAGACCUCCAGGCGAUCGACGCCGUCCAGAGGCAGACGACGGUCCCCGCCCAGGAGCUGAACGCUCUUGUCGAGAUCUGGAAGACGAGUUCCCACCUGGAGCUUGGCCAGCUCCUCUCGGGCCCCGAAAAGAUGUACCGCCGGCUCGGUUUCAACUUCAGCGCGUUUGGCGAAGAAGACGAGCGGGCGCGACGCAACCCUCGGACGAUGGAGUUCCGCAUCAUGGAAGGGUCAAUCAGCGCCGAUCUCGUUGCGGGGUGGCUAAGCAUCUGUGGAAGCAUCGCCGAGACGGCUGUGACGGUGUCGGACGAUCGCUUUACCAGUGCGCUGGCCGUAUCGCUGCGGCAUUCGGACAAAAGGCGACGCGCGGACGAAGCUAGCGAUUCGGAGAAGGAGACGCCGAGCAGUAGACGAGGACGAGAUUUCCGUGAGCUGAUGCAGGCUCUGGGUGUGACAGAACAGCACUACCGCCAUUUCGAAGAGAAAAUCAAGCGGGAGCAUCGUCGAUUCUAAGCCGAGUGUGCGUUUUGUGCGAGGAGGGAUGGGAUGCAGAAUGUUAGAGCGAAGCAUCGCCCUGGACACUGCACACAGACCCUGACGACCCUUUGUUCUUUGCUUGUUUUUUUUUUUUUUUCCCUU